GGGAGAUUGAAUCGCUCCUGCGUAUCAAUGGAAGCUCAUUGGAAUUUUUUAAAGGUAUGCCACGUCCAGAUGCUUAUGCUUAUGAUUCUGAUGUUAACACUUUGAUCAGUGACGAGCUAAACUACAACCACGAUGAGCAAAGAGAAAAACACAGAGAGCUAUUAGCCAAGAUAACAGAUGAGCAAAGAGCUGUGUACCAAGAGAUACUAGAUGCAGUAAAUGGUGACAAAGGUGGUAUGUUUUUCGUUUAUGGUUUUGGAGGAACAGGAAAAACAUUUCUUUGGAACAUCCUAGGUGCCGCAAUUCGAUCUUUAGGAGAAAUAAUAUUGAACGUGGCAUCCAGUGGAAUUGCUGCACUGCUUUUGCCAGGUGGCCGGACAGCUCACUCAAGAUUUGGAAUACCAAUUAAUGUACACGAUUUUACAACAUGUACAAUGACAAAGGGUUCAGAUCAAGCAGAAUUGGUACAACAAGCUAAGCUCAUAAUUUGGGAUGAAGCUCCCAUGAUGAGCAGACACUGUUUCGAAACUUUAGACAGAAGCUUGCGUGACAUAAUGGGAUGCAAUGAGCCUUUUGGAGGUAAAGUUGUUGUUUUUGGAGGAGACUUUAGACAGAUUCUACCGGUAGUAACAGAUGGUGGUAGAGUAGAGACUGUUUUGGCUUCUCUGAAUUCAUCAUAUCUGUGGAAUAGCUGCAAGGUUCUAAGACUUACAAAAAACAUGAGACUUAUGGCAGGAAUUACUGAUAGUGAAGCUAAAGAACUUGAAGCUUUUUCUAAGUGGAUUCUAGAUAUCGGUGAUGGAAAUAUCAAUCAACCAAAUGAUGGAGAGGUUGAUAUCGAUAUUCCUGAAGAUUUGCUGAUAACUGAGUGCGAAAAUCCUAUAGAAGCCAUAGUGAACGAAGUUUACGGAACAUCAUUUGCAGAAAAACGAGAUCCCAAGUUUUUUAAGGAAAGAGCUAUAUUGAGUCCACGGAAUCAAGAUGUUGAUAGUACUAACGAGUAUAUGCUAUCACAAUUAUCAGGUAGCAUUUUGGUUUUUAAAAUAUUAAAUUUUGUUGCUAAAAUCAAGGCAUGUAAUCUUAUUUACACUGAUUUAUAUUGUAAACAGGUGAAGAAAAAAUCUAUCUCAGUUCUGAUGGUAUAGAUAAAUCUGACAAAGGACCGAAGGAUACCA